GUGGCGCGGCCGUUGGCGGCGGCCGGCGCGGGCACGGGCGCGGGCGCGCGCUGCGGGCAGCCGUUUCUCCACGGAGCGGCGGUUAACGGCUCUGGGCGCGCGCGCCCGGCGCGCGGAAGGGAGGAGGGCGGUAGCGUCCCCAAGCUCGUCCGCCCGGGCCCCAGAGAGGGCGGGCGGGCGGGCGGGCACGAUGAUGGCAGCGGCGGCCGACUUGGAGUCCUCGCUGGAGCUGAGCUUCACGGGCAGCGGCUCCCUGCCCGGCGGGCUGCCCCCCGCGCGCUCCCGCAUCUUCAAGAUCAUCGUUAUCGGGGACUCCAACGUGGGCAAGACGUGCCUCACCUACCGCUUCUGCGCCGGCCGCUUCCCGCAGCGCACCGAGGCCACCAUCGGCGUGGACUUCCGCGAGCGCGCCGUCACCAUCGACGGCGAGCGCAUCAAGAUUCAGCUAUGGGAUACAGCAGGCCAGGAGCGCUUCAGAAAGAGUAUGGUGCAGCACUAUUACAGGAACGUACAUGCCGUUGUGUUUGUGUACGAUAUGACAAACAUUGCCAGCUUUCACAGUCUGCCAUUGUGGAUAGAGGAAUGCAAACAGCACCUUCUUGCCAAUGAUAUACCACGGAUUCUUGUUGGAAAUAAAUGUGAUCUGAGAAGUGCUAUUCAGGUACCUACGGACUUGGCCCAGAAGUUUGCUGAUACUCACAGUAUGCCAUUAUUUGAAACCUCUGCCAAAAACCCAAAUGACAAUGACCAUGUGGAGGCCAUAUUUAUGACACUGGCUCACAAGCUUAAAAGUCACAAGCCAUUAAUGCUUAGUCAACCCCCAGAUCGCAAUGAAAUACAUAUAAAGCCUGAACCAAAACCUGCCAUGACCUGCUGGUGUUAAAUCACGCUAUUUAUUCAGCUAUCACCUUGUCUGUUUGCAUAUGCUUUAAAGAUGUGAUCUUGGCAAAGUUCCAGGUAUUGGUAGCAGUUAUAGCAAAUCUCUUCCGCACUUUAAUGUGUUUUUUCUGGUGUAGAUGUGCCCAUCUCAUCUUCUUGCACUUUGUAAUGUACUUUCCGAAUUACUGAUUUUUCACUAUAGAUAUACAGGAAAGUAAACUUUGAAGUGAAGUUUCGACAAAGCAGUUCUACUUGAGCUCUUGCUGCCUGAGAUCAUUUUUGUCACUUGUGGUAAGGUUAUAAAUAGUAAGCCUAUUUACUAAUUUUUUGGGUUAGUAUUUCAUUGGAAUAAUGUUGGAGGAAAAGUAUUCUGGGACAACAGUUAACUUGUUUUUUGAGUCACUGAUUAGGGUGAUUUUUGAUAUCUGAAGAAAUUUGGUGAGUGCUAGCAAAUUACUAAGCAAGUACCUUUUAUUAGGACAACAGCAACAGGACUGUGAGAUAAAGAUUGGGCUGGCAGUGAAGUGCAUACUGUGAGCUUUAAUGCCCUGUUGUUCCACUGUAAACCUUGUCUGUCUCUUCAUGGUAAUGGUAAAGUUAAAAAACUUGUCCCUACCUCCAGAUAACUAUUUAAUACUUACAGCUUCAUUAUUUCUUCACAAUUAGCACGUAAGACUAAACUGUGCAUUCCUUCUUAUGGAAAUUAUUGUAGCAUAGGACUUGGGAAAAUUUGAGAUUAUAAUUAUCCAUGUUUUUUCUGACCUACUAAAACUUCCGUGUUCAAUGAGGUCUUACUUGUAAAGAUGCUGUAUUUAGGCUGAGUAUCUGAGCAUAAAAAUACAUAAAUGAAUUAUAAUUUGAGUGAAGCUGGCAAAAGCUUCCUGGUUUUCAAAGGUAAGGUUUCCAGAGGCUAUUAGUCAUGAUGGAUGUUUUUAAAUAUCUUGAAAAACCUAGCUUUUUUACAAAUCACUUUGAUUACAUUUUACGGAUGGAAAUACUUAGGAGAAAUGUUACUUCUGAUGCCCAUUGAGACAUAUGAAAUUGUGCCUUAGUCAUAGAAAAUGUAAAGGCCACCAUAUAUUAAUGAUCCAUAUUGUUCUGCACCAGAACAACUGAUCUGGAGGCCUCUGGUCCACGCAAAGGAGCUCGACUACAGGCUUCCAUCGUUGAAGGUCAGUUUGCUUGUGUAAUGGUAAAACAGUACCUUCUACUUAAAGAAUAGGGAAUAUGGGAAUUCUUUAAAACACUUCUGAAUAAAAAACCAAGUCAAUUUUGAAAUAUGGAGAAAAUCUGCACAGGCAGAUCAUCUGUUAAAGAUUUUGGGCUAAAACUUGCUUCUAUGGUAUUAUGGAUUUAAGUUGGGCAUCCUGGCAUUACUAAUAAGAGUUUUUUGUUUGGUUUUGUUUUCUGUUUUUAAUCAGAAGAGAGAAACUGCUUUUUUAGAACCAUCCUCCUCUGGAUUCUCUUGUUUGCAACUAUUUUAAUUAAGUUCUCUUGUUUGAAGGUCAGCUUUUGUAAUGAAAAUGAUGCUAGGUUGCACAAAAUUACAUAAAAGAAAAUGUAAGCCAUAGAAUUUAAUCUAUGACUUCAUAUGCCAUGAUGGAACAAUAUUUUUGUGACUUAAUCUUCAAAGGAAUUGAAAUAAAAAUGAGGAUUUUUAUUUUGUAAUGUAUGGUGUCUGCUGACUGGAAAAUAAAUGUAAGGGAAAAUUUAGAAGCUGCCAUUCUAGUGAUUACAUUAGAAAUAAUUAAAUUAUUGAAACAAGAUAACUACUAUUAAGCUAUUAAAAUCAGUACAACAUAGUUCAACUGAAAAUAAUACUGAUAAAACGAAAAAUGCAUUGACUUUUCUCUUGAUAAGAAAGAGUAUUCAAUUUGGCCUAAUGUUAUUAGAAUAUUUAAAAAUUUCUGAAAAAAAUACUAAAUAUUUUUUCUCUAUAAAGUUACUAUGACUGAGACAGUAAUUUUUUUUUUAUGCAACAUUGUAAAAGGGAAUUUUUUAAUCCACUCUCAACAUUAAAUGACUAAAAUUUGGUUUACAAGCCUUUCAUGAACAAUCAGCUCUUUAACACUAGUGUCCUUAAUGGCUUUUUUUUUCUUUUAGAAAAGAAUUGAUCUUCAAUUUAUUUGUAUAGUAUUACAAAUGAGCGUGGUUUACAGUCCUCUUGGACAGUUUAUUUUUCACUCAUGUCCUUAAUCCUUUUUUUUUUCAAAGGGAUCCACCUUAAGUAUUUGUAUAGUAUUAAAUAUUUCAGCAAACUUUCUAAUCCUUUUUUAUUAUUUUUUAAGAUAAGAAAACAGAAUGAAGAAUUCUAAAGUCAGUCAGGUUGGGGGUUGAGGUAAGGAAAUCAUGUAGAUACAAUGUUAAUGUUAAAUUUGACAUCAAACAUCUGUUAAUCUGUUAAAUUUUAUAUGAAUUAUUCACAAUCUGUAAAUAAGGGCCCUUGUGUUAUUAAAGUUGUGUGGAAAUGUAAUCUUGUGUUCAGCACAAAGCAUGUUUUGAUGGUUCUCCCAUAACCACAUGGUCAUUAAUCCAGAAUCUGAUACUCUUCCUGGCUUUCAGUAGCAAUGUUCUACCCACAAAAUUGAUGUCAGAAGUAAUGAAUACUUUGCAUAUGUAUUUUCACCUUACCAAAUUGUAAAGUUGGGCUAUUUUGUAUGUGGGCUUGUGGGAGGGGGGGGGAUACAAUCUCAAAAACCUAAUAAACUGGCUUUGCCACAAACCAUUGUCACUUGUUUCAGUAAUUAUGCUAGAAAUUAUGACAUCACUUCU